CUAUUCUUGAGUGGCUUCGAUUGAAGGUCGUCAUGGUGUCUAACGACAACUCCAAUCUACUGGUUGUUCAAUCAUGUUACAACUGCAGCCAACCAGGACACAUCUCAAUGUACUGUCCGUUACCGGAUAGGAGGUUUAAUGGUGGUCAAAGUGCUGCGAGUACGACGAUAGUACCAAUGCAGUCACUGCUGACAGUUCCACCUACGACAAACUCCAACGUGGGAACGACGGCUCCAUAUUACUCCGGAUACUACAACAAUGGAGGUAGCGGUAGCUGGUUAGGCAAGCGUGUUAGUACGCUCGAAGAGACUGACAGUAAAAUUCAUAGUAAGCACGAGGUCGAUGAAGUUAGGGAGCGUACAAGGAAGGAAGAAGAAGAUCGCAGGAAAAAGGAACAGGGAAAGGAGGAACGGAGGAUGAGGGAGAAGACGGAUCGGGAAGAAUUGCAGGGACAAAUGCACAAGGAGAUGACAGCGAAGCUAGACGUGGUACGAGAAGCUAUUGAUGGAAAGAAAGCAGGAGAUGUUGAAAAACUGGCAAAAUUGAAGGUGCAGGUCGAAUCACCAUGUCGACAGCAGUCGAAUGUCGAAACCGGAGGAAAGAAGGUUGAAGACGAGUCGGAGGUUGUCAGAUUGAGAUCACAGGUCAAAGCUUUUAAACGAGCGCAAGAGGUUACUAGCACGUCCGCCACAGUGACCAGGGCAGCGAGUGAAGCCAAGGAGAUAGUACGUUUAAGGAGGGAACAAGCAGAGGCCACGACCACGAUUGAUAAGAUGCUGACCACGAUGGAGGAGGUUAUCUUUGCUCUGCAGAAACAGUGCGAGGUAGUGGAGGCCAAUGUGGAAGUAUAGAGGAAUGAGGCUAUGCGUCCAAGUAACAAGUGAGGCAGUGUGGCUAUUGGUCAAACUCCUGCAACGGAGGCUAGGGUAAGACAACGCG